CGCUGAUUUUAUCAUUUGGAUGAGGACUGCUGCAUUUCCUGAUUUUAGAAAACCUUACAGAAAAUUGAAAGACCCUAAUUAUACACAGGGACUUUUACGUGGAAAUUAUACUUUAGAAAUUGGAUAUAAUUAUAAUGUUAGUGCCUUUUCUGGUCGAAAAUCCUUUGUAAUUAGUACAACAAGUUGGUUAGGUGGAAAAAAUCCUUUUUUGGGUUUUGCAUAUAUUGCUGUCGGCAUUCUUUGUGCCAUUUUUGGUUUUGUAUUUAUUUUUAUACAUAUAAAAUAUGGACAUACUUUGAGAGAAAUGGCUGUUGUUGAAUUAAAAGAAGGAGAAGGUGCCCAUUCACAUUCCCAAUGAUAAUUAUUUAAAAAUUUUGUAUCAAAAAUUAAUUUUAAUUCUGUGAUCUGAAUUUAGUUUAUAUAUUAAAAAUUAUUGACACAUUCUUUAAUAUAGUUUUUUAUAUUGUAAAGGGUUUAGGAAGCAAUGUAAAAUUGCAUGAACAAAAAAUUGUAAAGUGGCGACCUUCAAAAAAUCCUUUUUAAAUGAAUGGAAAUCUGGAGGAACUAAACAGCACUCCAUCA